GCCUCGGGGGCUUGGGGCGUCGGGGAGUGCGCGAGGCGGCCCGGGUUGUGUGCAGUAGCGGAGACAAAGCGGUGGCUGAGGUGGCUGUGGCGGCUGCGGCAGCGGCGGCAGAGCAGCCCUAAACGCCGAAUUCCGUGGUGCUGAGUCCUGUCAUCAUCUCAUCCAGCGCGGCGCGUGGGCGGCUGGUCUCGCGGCGGCGGCGGCAGCGGCGGAGGCAGCACAUGGUUCCAAGAGCGCGCUGCGGUUGUUGGGUUCCAAUUCCGUGGGGAGGGACAAAGGCAGCUUUGAGCACCGGGCAACGCCCGGUCGGGUUGUGCGCGCUCCACACAGCCCUCGAUCCGAGCCUUGAAAGCUGGGACUAACUCCUUUCAGUGAGGAGGCGGCGGCCUCGGAACCGAGGCCCAGGAAGGGCCUGAGAGCCGGAGGCCUCUGUCUGAGGGAAGUGGGGGAGGGGCGCUGCCCGCCUCAGGUGAUUUGGGCGGGUCAGUUCUGAAGCAUUUUUGUGGGUCAGUGUGAGGUAAUUUGACCCACUACCCUGAGGAGAUUGGGACGGGAGCACACACUAGGUUGGGUCUGGGCUUUGGAAACAGAAAUCAUCUUCAGCGCUUACGGGACCUUUCAGUUGGGAGGUGGUGAAGCCGGAACUAACGCCAUAUGCACUCCAUCGACUUCAUGGCCGCCAGCCUGGGGCCUAUUUAAGAACCCUGGGAUCAUUGGUGGUGAAGAAAUGGGUGACUGUCCAGUUUUAUGACAGAAGUUGGUAAAUUUCCGGAUUGGUAAAUUUUCUGAUCGGAAAUUCAGAGGAACACAAAAACUCGAAGAACGUGAAGAUGGAGCAGUAAUAAAACCUCCAACUCCAAUACCAUCUACUCCAAGGCCAUCUACAUUCAACUCCUUGAACUAUCGCAAUUGAAUGCUAAAGCUCUUUAAGACUACAGAUUUAUAACAGUUUUUUCCAGAAUAUUACAUCACAGUCAUCAAGAAGAUAAAAAACUUAAAAGCGAAAUCAAUUGUAGUGGUAGACAUCUCUUAGAAUAUAUUUUGGAUAGAUACUAGGUAACCUUGUUUUAACAGUAAGGAGCACAGACUUACCAAACCUUUACUAGAAGGAAUCCUGCAAAAUCUGUUCCAUUGUAAGGUUAUAUUUCCCAGUUAGUGGGUGAAGGACUGGAGACCUCACUGCACUCAUGGCUUUCACAAAUUACAGCAGUCUGAAUCGAGCUCAGCUAACCUUUGAAUAUCUGCAUACAAAUUCAACUACUCAUGAAUUCUUGUUUGGUGCUCUUGCUGAACUGGUUGAUAAUGCAAGAGAUGCGGAUGCCACCAGAAUAGAUAUUUACGCAGAAAGGCGAGAGGACCUUCGAGGAGGAUUUAUGCUUUGCUUUUUGGAUGAUGGAGCAGGAAUGGAUCCAAGUGACGCUGCCAGUGUGAUCCAGUUUGGGAAGUCGGCCAAACGAACACCUGAGUCCACCCAGAUUGGGCAAUAUGGGAAUGGGUUAAAAUCGGGCUCAAUGCGCAUUGGGAAGGAUUUUAUACUCUUCACCAAGAAGGAAGACACCAUGACCUGCCUCUUUUUGUCUCGGACCUUUCAUGAGGAGGAAGGCAUUGAUGAAGUGAUAGUCCCAUUGCCCACCUGGAAUGCUCGGACCCGGGAACCUGUCACAGACAACGUGGAGAAGUUUGCCAUUGAGACAGAACUCAUCUACAAGUAUUCUCCCUUCCGCAAUGAAGAGGAAGUUAUGACUCAGUUCAUGAAAAUUCCUGGAGACAGUGGAACACUGGUGAUCAUCUUCAAUCUCAAACUCAUGGAUAAUGGAGAGCCAGAGCUAGACAUAAUCUCAAAUCCAAGAGAUAUCCAGAUGGCAGAGACUUCCCCAGAGGGCACGAAGCCGGAGCGGCGCUCCUUCCGUGCCUAUGCUGCCGUGCUUUAUAUUGAUCCCCGGAUGCGGAUCUUCAUCCAUGGGCACAAGGUGCAGACCAAGAGGCUCUCCUGCUGCCUAUAUAAGCCCAGGAUGUACAAGUACACAUCAAGCCGUUUCAAGACUCGUGCAGAGCAGGAGGUGAAGAAAGCUGAGCAUGUAGCACGGAUUGCUGAGGAGAAGGCACGGGAGGCAGAGAGCAAAGCUCGGACCUUAGAAGUUCGCCUAGGUGGAGACCUCACACGGGACUCCAGGGUGAUGUUGCGUCAGGUCCAGAACACAGCCAUUACCCUGCGCAGAGAAGCUGAUGUCAAGAAGCGGAUCAAGGAGGCCAAGCAGCGAGCACUUAAAGAACCUAAAGAACUGAAUUUUGUUUUUGGGGUCAACAUUGAGCACCGGGACCUGGAUGGCAUGUUCAUCUAUAACUGUAGCCGCCUGAUCAAGAUGUAUGAAAAAGUGGGCCCACAGCUGGAAGGGGGCAUGGCAUGCGGUGGGGUUGUUGGGGUUGUUGAUGUGCCUUACCUGGUCCUGGAACCUACACACAACAAGCAGGACUUUGCUGAUGCUAAGGAGUACCGACACCUGCUGCGGGCGAUGGGGGAGCACCUGGCACAGUAUUGGAAGGACAUUGCCAUUGCCCAGAGGGGAAUCAUCAAGUUCUGGGAUGAGUUUGGCUACCUCUCUGCCAACUGGAACCAGCCCCCAUCCAGCGAGCUACGUUAUAAGCGCCGGAGAGCUAUGGAAAUCCCAACCACCAUCCAGUGUGAUUUGUGUCUGAAGUGGCGAACCCUCCCCUUCCAGCUGAGUUCUGUGGAAAAAGAUUACCCUGACACCUGGGUUUGCUCCAUGAACCCUGAUCCUGAGCAGGACCGAUGUGAGGCUUCUGAACAGAAGCAGAAGGUUCCCCUGGGGACAUUCAGAAAGGACCUGAAGACACAAGAAGAGAAGCAGAAGCAGCUGACAGAGAAAAUUCGCCAGCAGCAGGAAAAACUAGAAGCCCUGCAGAAAACCACACCUAUCCGGUCCCAAGCUGACCUGAAGAAAUUGCCUUUGGAAGUGACCACCAGACCUUCCACUGAGGAACCUGCACGUAGACCUCAGCGACCUCGGUCACCUCCUUUACCUGCUGUGAUCAAGAAUGCCCCCAGCAGACCCCCUUCCCUGCAAGCUCCCAGGCCAGCCAGCCAGCCCCGAAAGGCUCCUGUCAUCAGCAGUACCCCAAAGCCUCCUUCCCUGGCAGCUCGGGAGGAGGCCAGUACAUCCAGGCUGCUGCAGCCACCCGAGCCACCCCGAAAGCCUGCUAGCACACUGGUUAAGACUGCGCCCCGGCCUACCCCUGUGGUGCAGCCACUGUCACCAUCUCUGCUACCCAACUCCAAGAGCCCUCGGGAGGUCCCAGCUCCCAGAGCCAUCAAGACUCCAGUGGUCAAGAAGCCAGAGCCACCCAAUAAACUCUCCCCAACCACUCCUGGUCGGAAGCGGACUCUUGGGGUCUCUGAUGAAGAAGAAGCUGAAGAGGAGGCUGAGAGGAGGAAGGAGAGGUCUAAGCGGGGCAAGUUUGCUGUGAAGGAGGAAAAGAAGGACUUGAAUGAGCUCUCGGACAGUGCUGGGGAAGAGGACCCAGCUGAUCUUAAGAGGGCUCAGAAAGAUAAAGGGUUGCACGUGGAGGUGCGUGUGAACAGGGAGUGGUACACAGGCCGCGUCACAGCUGUGGAGGUGGGCAAACAUGUGGUGCGGUGGAAGGUGAAAUUUGACUACGUGCCCACAGACACCACUCCGAGAGACCGCUGGGUAGAGAAAGGCAGUGAGGAUGUGCGGCUGAUGAAGCCCCCUUCUCCGGAGUACCAGAGCCCCGACACGCAGCAGGAGGGCGGGGAGGAGGAGGAGGAGGAGGAGGAGGAGGAGGAAGAGGAGGAGGAGGAGGCGGCGGCGGCCCAGCAGGCUGUAGCCAUGGCAGAGCCCUCUACUUCUGACUGCAUCCGCAUAGAGCCUGACACCACUGCCCCGAGCACCAACCACGAGACUAUUGACCUGCUUGUCCAGAUCCUCCGGAAUUGUUUACGGUACUUUCUGCCUCCAAGUUUCCCCAUCUCCAAGAAGGAACUUAGUGCUAUGAAUUCAGAUGAGCUAAUAUCAUUUCCUCUGAAAGAGUACUUCAAACAGUAUGAAGUGGGACUCCAGAAUCUGUGCCAUUCCUACCAGAGCCGUGCCGACUCACGGGCCAAGGCUUCCGAGGAGAGCCUGCGCACUUCUGAGAGAAAGCUCCGAGAGACAGAGGAGAAGCUGCAGAAGCUGAGGACCAACAUCGUGGCGCUCCUGCAAAAGGUGCAGGAGGAAUCUGUGGUUCCAACCCUGGCUGCACAGCAUCCUGACCAGAAGGGCUGGAGGUGGUGCGGCUGCCUGGGCCUCAUCCCAGCCAGACCCACGGACAUAGACAUCAACACAGAUGAUGAGCUGGAUGCCUACAUCGAGGACCUGAUCACCAAGGGGGACUAAGGGGCUCAGAGACAAAGAUCAGCUCCUCUGCCCUUCAAGGCAGAGUUCGGGGGGGGUUGUUUUGUUCAUGGGUUGGUGGACUUACCUUGAUUUGACUCAUGAGACAUUUGUGCUUUUGGAGGGAAAAAUACUCUGAUUCUUUGAAUCUUCCUCCCUAAGUUUAUAAAUAUUUAUUUUUUAAAAGAAAUAAGAUGCUGCGCCUGCUAUGA